AUGGACUCUGUCGGGCUGUCUGGCACCAGCACGCUGUCCUUCCCGUCAGCUUCAUUCGGGUUCAGCUGCAUCUACGAUGCGUCACUGGGCAUGGUUCUGUUCGCCCUGUCCACUGGCUCCGCGACGCAGUCGUCCCCCGAUUGGCAGUACAUUUGCCCGGGCGAAUACUCCACCACAGCCUCCUCCACGACUACGGACUCCACCACAGCCUCCUCCACGACUACGGCAACGGUCUCCAGCACGAUCACGACGGUCUCCACCGCCACAGUGGGUCCCGGCUACACCUUGGUACCAUUGGGCCAGUCGUGUUAUGAUGUGGGCUUGGCCGACGUCCCGAGCUCCGAUAAUUGUUUCAACCUAGCGGCGCCUAGUCUCAGUCUGAGCUUCGACGCCACGACUUACAUCGCGAGUACGGCGUUCAAGGUCAGCUGCGUCUACGCAGCCGCAACGGACACGCUGAUCUACUCGCUUUCGAAAGGCACUGGGACCGCGGGUUCCAGUGACUACCAGUUCCUUUGUGUCGGGCAGUAUACCUCUACGGGCACCUCAACUGCAACGACGACCGCGACAGUCACGACCACCACGUACGAGGACUACACGCUGCUGCCCGCUGGCCAGACAUGCUACGAGGCUGGCUUGCAGGACAUAACCAGCACGGCACAGUGCUUUGGGCCCGCCUCCGCAGCCUUCGGUUUCAGUUCCUCUCAGACAACGGAUUUUUCCGGAUACGGGUUCACUUUCACCUGCGUGUAUAAGUCCUCGAGCGCGGAGGUAUAUUUCGGGGAUUCUAGCCCAGGGGACACCCAGGCAACCGCAAGUUACCGGUACAUGUGCAUCGGUCUUGUGACGACGACCGCUAGUUCCAGCACGACGAUCACUACCACUGCAACCAGCUUCACGACGAUUAGCGAGACCACGGUCACUGCAACGACCACGCUACCAGCAGCACCUCUGUGA